UGAAACUGCGCGCGUUGCUUUUCCCUCCAAAUUUGUUCGAGUCAUGUCGGACUGGGAAGCGGAGAGCGACGAAGACAGCAAAAAUGUUAGGCAGAAGGUGCCGGAGUUUCAGUCAUCUGGGGUGGCAUCUUUUGCCUUUGGGAAAAGUAUAAGCUUCGAAGGAGGAAGACGGGGCGGAGGAUGGGGACGGAAGCAGCGCAGAGGGCCGCAGUGGGAGAACUGGAGAGAGAGCGAAGGCAGAAGUGGGAGCCAAGAGAAAUUCUCCAGGAGCAGGCGUGAUAAUGAGUCGUCCACGGCGCGAACCUUUACAGUGGACAACGCCGUGGUGGGGAUGGUGAUAGGUCGUGGAGGUUCCAAAAUCCGCGAGAUUGAAGAAAACACUGAAACGCAUAUCAAGAUAAUCAAAGGAGAUUAUGAGAGUGAAGUAAGGAUCUUUGGAAAUGAAGAAGCCCAACUUAGAGCAAAGGAAUGUAUUGAUGAAUUGAUUGGUCAUGGCUCUCAUCACUCUGGGCAAGGACCAGUGAAGGUAUCAUGUUGGGCUAAAUCAACAGAAAAGUCUACAGAAGGUCCACCAGUUAUACCCAUUGAUUGGGAAUCUUUGAGACAAAAUCGUGCUAAGUAUGAAGCUAUGAAAUGGCAAGGACUGCCACCAAUUAAAAAACAUUUUUACAUGGAAGCACCAAGUGUGACUAACUUGACUCCAGAGGAGGUGACAGUAUGGCGAAAGGAAAACAAUAACAUUAUUGUUGAUGAUUUAAAAGAAGAUGAGAAACGUCCUAUACCAAAUCCAGUGCAGACAUUUGAAGAAGCUUUUGAACAGUACCCUGAAAUCAUGAAAAAUAUUUCAAGAGUGGGAUUUCUGAAGCCCACACCUAUUCAGUCUCAGGGAUGGCCAGUUGUACUUCAAGGAUUUGAUCUGAUCGGCAUUGCCCAAACUGGUACUGGAAAGACAUUGGCUUAUCUUCUCCCUGGUUUUAUUCAUUUGGAUCACCAACCUAUUUCAAAAGAAGAACGAGGUGGUCCUGGGAUGUUGGUUCUUACACCAACUCGAGAGCUGGCAUUACAAAUAGAGGCAGAAUGCAGCAAGUACAGCUACAAAGAAAUUAAAAGUAUUUGCAUAUAUGGAGGUGGGGACAGACGUUCACAAAUAAAUGUUGUAACCAAAGGUGUUGACAUUGUAAUUGCAACCCCUGGUCGUCUCCAUGACCUUCAAAUGAACAACUUUGUAAACCUGAAAAGCAUCACAUAUUUGGUUUUAGAUGAAGCAGACAGGAUGUUGGACAUGGGCUUUGAACCACAAAUCAUGAAGAUUUUGAUUGAUAUCCGAUCUGACCGCCAGACUGUAAUGACAAGUGCAACCUGGCCACCUGGAGUUCGUCGAUUGGCAAGAUCAUACUUGAAAGACCCAAUGAUGGUAUAUGUUGGAACAUUGGAUUUAGCAGCUGUGAACACAGUGGAACAGACGGUGCUUGUAAUUCCAGAGGAGGAGAAAAAACUUUUUACUUUCAGCUUUAUUCAAAGUAUGAAACCUGAAGAAAAGCUUUUAAUAUUUGUUGGAAAAAAAGUCAUUGCAGAUGAUCUGUCAAGUGAUUUGAUACUUUCUGGCAUACCAGUUCAGUCAUUGCAUGGUGACAGAGAACAGUGUGAUCGGGAGCAAGCCCUGGAGGAUUUCAAAAAUGGAAGGGUUCGAAUAUUGGUUGCUACUGACUUGGCUUCCCGAGGACUGGAUGUUCUUGAUAUUACCCAUGUUUUAAAUUAUGAUUUUCCUAGAAAUAUUGAGGAAUAUGUACAUAGAGUUGGAAGGACAGGGAGAGCCGGGCGCUCAGGUAUUGCACUGACUUUAAUGACCAGAAACGAUUGGAAAGUGGCAUCAGAACUCAUUCAGAUACUAGAAAGGGCUAAUCAGGUGGUUCCAGAAGAAUUGGUACUAAUGGCUGGCCGCUAUGAUAAAUAUAAAAUGGAGCGUCAGAAGGAGCGAGAGUUUACUGGUCCUCAAGGAGGUGGUGGCUUUGAUAGAGGCAGUGGAAGAAAUGGUCCCAAGUGGAGCCGAAGCAGAGGUCGUACCAGCAGCAGGUUUUAACCUGGCAUUUAAUUUUACACUUCACAUUUUGACCUUUUUUUUCUUUUUUCAUAACGAAUACUAAUAAAAUGUAAUAAAAGUACUUUUUUGUUGUUCACAUUUUUAUAUUGUACUCCUAAAUUUGGAAAUGUAUAUUAAUAAUACUAUAAAUGCUUUAUAAGAAAUCAUUCUGGUAAAAUAACAGAUACCACAAGUUGCAUGCUUAAAUAUGAAAACCCACAAAAUCUUUUCCAGGAAAGAUGUACACAGUCAAAUAUCCUUAUUGAGAAAUCAAAAAAUAACUUGCUUUAGAGGAUUACCUAUUAACUAUUGUACCUUGAUUUUUAUGGUAAUAAACACUUUUAAUGCACUGCUAAAUGCCCCUUGAAUUGUGAAUAUUAUUUACAUGACAAUCCUCUGCCUACAGUAGCAGUUUUGCUUUGGUACAUUUGCAUUAUGUUUAAUUACAAUGGUUGCCAGAUGUAUGCUGCAGCAGAAUCACCUUUUGCUAAAUUUUGAAUGUUCUUUAAUUAGACAUUAUAUGCCUAUAAUUUAACUGGUAAUAAAUGUAUUCAUGAAGAUAAUGUUGGAUUAACACAUUGUAGUGGUGCAUUUUAGUUUAUUGUUGCCAAGGAAUUCUCUUGGUUUUUUUUUUUUCUGAAGCAUACAUUGAAAUAGAGUCUUUGAGGGUGGAUAUUAUUCCCAAUUAUGGGGACUACGAUAUGUUUUACUUGAAUUGGUUAGUGUUUGCACCAUUUAAAUGUGUGCUGACAUAAAUUUGGAAUACAUAAGAAUUCAGCAAAAAUAAUUAUCGGUUCAAUAUUCUGAAAGAAAACCUUGAUUUUAUUGAUGUUCUGAAGGUGCCUUUAAAUUUCUUGGUGUGUAUUUUGAGCUAAAGUGUGAAUAGUUUUGACUUUAGAAUCUUAACAUUGCCUUGAAUGGUCUCGAUUUAAAGGUGAUUGCUUAAAAUUAAGUUUGUUUUAUAAAUAAAAUGAUAAUGUAAUACAUUUCUUUGUAGUUGUUUUUUUUUUUUAAUUAAAUAUUUGUAUGAUACAGUUGUAAAAUGUCCCAAAUGGCUUCUGCUUUGUAUCCAUUACUAUCAGGCUAGAUUCUUGCACUUGAUAACCCUGAAAUGAGACAAACACAGUAAGUGAUUGAUGGAUGGAUGUCAUUGAUAUUUUACCUGUUGUCCUAUAAAAAGUAAUUGAUAUGGCCAUAAUGUUUUUGUGUGUCUUAAUACUUUUUCUUAACACUUUAGUGUAAAAUCAGUUUUUUGUGAAUUAUGCAUUUUUAUACUGUAUAUGCGUUAGG